AUGAUGAAUUUUUACUCAGUUCAUACUGUUAGUUUAAAUAAUACAAAUUUAUUAGUUGCUCGUGAUAGUAAAGGGUAUGCUCCGUAUUUAUUUGAAAAAUCUGAAAAUCCUCCAGAAACAUUACCUAGUCAAGGAAAGUUUGUUGCUGCUUUAGGACAAAGUAAUGAAGGAGAUGUUAGUCCUAAUUCAAUGAGUUCAAGAUGUAUUGAUACUGGUUUAUCAUGUGAAUAUUAUACAUCAACAUGUAAUGAAUGA